UCCAGCAGCAGGGACGGCCGGGGAUUGCCCGGGCACCGGCCCCGGCGAGCUGGCGUUGGGUUUGUUUUCCACUCCCCUGGCGCUCGCUGUGUGAAGCAAAUCCCUCGGAGGUGGGGGAGAAGCGGCUUCCGUGACAGCGGAGGGAGGAGGGAAAUAAAAUAAAAUAAAACAAACCAAAAUAAAAAGGGAGAAGAUCCAGGAAAGCACUUGCUUCUCAUCAUCUCUCAGGGAGCAAAGCCAGCUCUGCUCUUCUUAUGACCCUCUGCUGCAGGGAGCAAAGGGAGAGAAGGUACUGGGGGGCACCUCCUAACAAAGCAGGGUUCAGGCUGCCGGGACCCCCACGCUACCCAGGGUAGCAGCAGCCUGCGGGAGGUGCGAGGAGGUCGGGAAGGUUGCCAAGGCGAACCCAGGCAAAGCCAAACCGAAGCUCCACCAAAAUCAAGGAGCAGGAAUGAAAGUUUCGAAAUAGCAUCCAGAGAAGCGCCAAGGACCCGACCGAGCAGAGCUCUCCGCCUCGCAUCAGCCCUCGAUGGUGCAUCCGAGGCGCUGCGUCAGGGAUGUGAACGUCCCCUGCCCGCUGCAUGGAGAGGGGUGAGGACACAGGAAAGCUUUGUUAUUUAUUUAUUUAUUGGAAGCAAUGUAUGGGUGACACCCAGAAGGCAUCUGAGCCCUGAAUAAAACCAAACCACCUCUGGACCCAAAGGAGAACAAGAAGAAUGAGACAGCAGCCUAGACCCCUACACUGAGAGGAAGGUGAGCAGAAAGAAAGAAAGAAAGAAAGAAAGAAAGAAAGAAAGAAAAUACAGAAAAGCCAUGCAAGCACCAAACCUGUAGAUUACUGCAGGUCUUUUUUUGCUUCACUGAGGACAAAUAUUUUACUGACAACCAUGCAGCAUAAAGGCAUCAUGCUGAUUGUGUUCUUGGAAUAUUUUAUUUCUGGCCAUGGGGAAGCAGACCCCACAAGACCACGAGCCUUCCGCUGCAGUGGCCGUGCCUGCAACCCUCCAGUGGGAAACCUUGCCACGGGGAGGACACCAGUGACUCUCACCACGUGUGGCCAGAACAGCACGGAACUGUACUGCUUCUACCCGGAGCAGAACCUCCUCCACCACCCCUCCCACGGCUGUGGGCAGCCUCGCUGCACCAAGUGCAACGCCAACCAGCCUGAUAACUCCCACCUCCCCGCUGACAUGACGGAUGAUUUCUUUGCAAACCCCAUCUCCUGGUGGCAGUCUGGCCAAGGGGUACACAGGGAAGAAAUCCGACUGGACUUUGAAACAGAAUUCUACCUGACCCACGUCAUUGCUGUGUUCAAGUCGCCUCGCCCAGCUGCAAUGGUGUUGGAAAGAUCCCAGGAUUAUGGGCAGACUUGGAGGCCCUACAAGUAUUUCUCUGUCAACUGUACAGCUACUUUUGGGCUCCAGGAUGAUCUCAUUGAAGAAGGCUCCAUGUGCACUUCCAGGUAUUCAGAUGCAGUGCCCUGCACCAGAGGAGAGGUGAUUUAUCGUGCCUUAAGUCCAGCCAACAAGAUCGAAGACCCCUAUAGUCCUGAGGCUCAAGAUCUCCUGAAACUCACCAACCUCCGCCUCCUUUUGUUAAAAAGGCAGGAAUGUCCAUGCCAUGGUUCAGGAUUGGUAGAGAAACCUCAGAGGUUUGCCCACUAUGCUAUUUAUGACCUAAUUGUCCGGGGCAGCUGCUUUUGCAAUGGGCACGCAGAGGAAUGUGAGCUGCUCAACAGGACGGGAGUCGUGGACAACAUGGUCCAUGGGAAGUGUGUGUGCAGGCACAACACGGCAGGGGAUCACUGUGAGAAAUGUGCUCCCCUGUACAAUGAUCAGCCUUGGAAGCCAGGAGAUGGAAAAACAGGGGCCCCAAAUGAAUGCAGAAAGUGUCGCUGCCACAACCACGCCGAGAGCUGCCACUUUGACCUGAGUGUUUGGUUGGCAUCAGGAAAGCGCAGUGGGGGAGUCUGUGACAACUGCAAGCACAACACAGAGGGACAUCGGUGCCAAAGGUGCAAACCAGGGUAUUACCGAGACAGGGGGAAACCCAUGUCCUCUGCAGAGGUCUGCAAACCCUGUGCCUGCCAGCCCAUGGGUUCAGCCAACGCGACCUUCAGCAGCAGCUGGAGGUGCCACCCCCGGACGGGGUUCUGCUACUGCAAACCCGGCGUGGCGGGUCCCAACUGCGACAGGUGCCUCGUGGGAUACUGGGGCUUCGGAGAGAACGGCUGUCGCCCCUGUGACUGUGCAAGAGACUGUGACCAGCACACUGGACGCUGCUUCAACAGCUAUGACAGUGAGCCAUUCUUUAACAUCCCCAUUGGGGGACGAAUCCCUGACCUUGUCCAAACACCAACCAACGAGAGCGAAGAGGAGUGGAAAUGGAAUGACCACGAGCAGGGAUUUUCUGCACUGAGGCAUCCAGAAAAGUGUGUGUGCAAAGAAAAGGUGCUUGGGAGCGUCGCUGACUUCUGCCAAAUGAAAUAUGCCUAUGUGAUAAAAGCAAGAAUCCUGUCUGCUCAUGACAAAGGGACCCAUGCAGAAGUUGUUGUGAAAGUGAAGAAGGUCCUGAAAUCAGGCAAAGUGAAAAUUGCCCGGAGCAACAGAAGCAUUUACCCAGAAUCCUGGACCAACAGGGGCUGCACAUGUCCCAUUCUCAAUCCUGGUAGUGACUACCUUAUAGCAGGCCAGGAGGACUCUAGGACUGGCAAACUCCUUGUAAACAUGAACAGCCUGGUGAAGCCCUGGAAGGCCCAUUUGGGAAAACAAGUAUCAGAUAUUCUUCGAACUGGGUGCAAAUAAUUUCUGCUUCAGAAGUUACAGCGCUGGACUUUGCCCUUUAGUAACACUGCAGUGAAAGGUGUAGUUAGUUCAUGUGUUUCCACUCAAUGUGCUCCUAGCUGAGGUGAUGAGAGCAGACUUGCCAUCCCUUCUACUUUCAUAUGCUUAGACAGGAAACUCAGGACAUGACUACUUUUCUCAAAAAAUGCACAGCCUUAUAAUACAAGAAUAUUUAGUGCAUCACACAUAGGUUACAAGUCAGUUCUUAACUUGAGCCUGAUUCCAUCCAGAGAAUAAUUUUGCAAGGCAAAACUAAAGAUGUGGAUUAGUGUUUCCAUACUUCAGGUCAGAGUCUGACAUUAAUAUGCAUAAACUGCUUACAUAAUGCAUUCAUUACUGGGAUGUAGUUUUCUUUAUAAGUGACCACUAAAAGGCAGCAAUUUCUUUAAGCUUUACAAGUGGCAUAAUACUAAACACGAAUAUCAAAUAAAUGUAUUUAAAAGAGCUCAGAGUGAUUUAACAUCAGACUGCAAUUAUGCCAAUAUAACGGGUUGCUUUCUAGAAGACAAUAUUAUCCCUUUGCUGAACAGAAGCAAACGUGAAUUAUCUUGGGACAAUGUCCUUUACAGAUGUGUGUUUGCUAUCACCAAUGCUUAGUGCUGAGCUCUGCUGCAGAAACCACCUGGGUUCAAACUCUAUUCCAAAUCCAGCUCUUUGCUGUAGUACAUCAGUCUGUAACACCACAAAGGUUUCACAGCAAUUACCACAAAAAAAAAAAAGCCUUAAUGCCAGGAAGAAGUCAAAACGUGAGGAACAAGCGGCUGCUCGAAUGUUGAGACUGUAACACUACAAAAGCCACAAAGCAGGAGGUAAAUGGAUUGACUGGUCCAUAUAUUAAAUGAGGUAGAUACAGUUCUGUGAGAGCAACCUGGCUAUUCCAGCUGUGCUCUAGACCACUGGCCUUUGAUUGCACUUUGUGCUUUCAUUGUGCUUCAUUUCUCUUGGUCACACUUCAGGCUAAGAUACUGAAACUCUGCUUCCUUCCCACUGUGCCUGAGGAUUACUUUUCCCUCCACGAAAGUACACGAGUGGUAAUAUCUGCACUCCAGGUAAAAUCAGUUCUGUUCUGCAAAAGUAUUCUCUCUAAACCAAUUUCACCCUACCCUAUUGUAAUCAAGAGGUAGCUACUUAUAUCCUCCCUUAACACAAUAUUUUGAGGAAAUUGUAGUUUAAAGACCUGUGUUCCAUUUGAAGGCCUCACAAUGAAGUUUAAGGAUGAAAUGAAGCUGGUUGGAGCACUCUCUCUUCAAGCAAAGCAGAAAUUACAAGGAAUCAAUCUAUAUUCUUUCAGGGGGUUACAGAGAAAAAGCAAGCACACGUGCUACUUUUGCAUAUUUCAAUUCCAUGUCUAUAAUUUUUAAUCCUCCUAGGUAAGAGGAAAUAUGUUAAUUUAGCACUGUCUGGCACAUGGAGUAUCUAGAAAACCCCAAUACUAAUGCAGAAAAAUGGAAGUCUCAGCCUACAACUUAGGCCACCAGUUUGUUCUCUUUAUUACUGGGAACCUGAAAAAACAGCUUCUUUCAUUCUCUUUAUUAC